UCCCCAAGAUGGCGUCAGGUUCUCUGUUUCUUUUUAUUAUUUUAGUACCGCUAACUUUAGCCGAUGAAAACUAUAGAAGGGAAGGUUUUCUUGACAAAUUGAGCACAGGAAUGAAAUUUGCACAUGACUUUCUCGGUUCGGAGUCAGUAGCAUUAAAAGUUGCCGAUUUCGUAGUUCGAGCAUUUAAUACAGUUAACACUCCGAGUCCACAUAGAAAACAACCACCAAAUAUGGCGUCAAAUGAAGAGAGCAAAAGCGAAGAAAAUUCACAAGAGGAUCGACCGAGCGAAGCUUCAAAUCCCAUGUCACCGUUGCGACAUGUAAUUCGUCUAUUGGGACUUCAACCAAACCAAAUCAGCGCAGUAGCUGUAAAUGCUCUAGUCUUUGUGGCUCAAAUGAUUUCAACGUUCUUAACUGGCACCCGAAGACCAGGCAGACCAAAUCGUUCUGAUGAUCCCACAACAUGGAUUCUGAAUAAAAAUUCUCGGAGACUGCAAGAUCUCAUUGCAACGGCUAAAAAAGAAUCUCUACCAGAUCUAAUAGAACAAAUGAUACAAAAACAAGAAUCCACAGAAGAAACAAGCUGUAUACGUUUAUUAGUUUGUAAAAUAACGCCUUUUAUAAAUAAAAUGCAAAAUACUGUUUUCGGUGUAGACGAUCCAAACGACAAUUCUAAGGAAACUUUAGGCGCCGCUUUUUUAUAUCGCCACCUACCGACAUCAGAAGAAAUUAAUAAUCGUAGCGAUUUGUGCGAGAGACGACACAAGAAUUGCAAUUUGAAUGAAUAG